GUUCGCGCGAGUCGACGUUUCCCGCCGAAACAUUUUUAAACUUCGAACGCGGCAAAACUUUUGAUUUUAUUUUUUUAUGCGUGUGUUGGCGGCCAGUGCCUGAAUAAAUUUAUUUACAUAAAGUGAAUUGUAUAGAGUUUGCCGAUGGUGCAGUGAAUAAUGUGAAUAUAAACAGUUGUGUACAACUAAUACAAGACGUUCCAAGGAUUCUUUGUAACUUUCAUGUAUUGACAUUUCCAAGGCAUGGGGAAUUUUCGGUGGAGAUUAUCUGACACGAUUUUGAAUUUUUUGAAAAUGGAUAUCGGAACGUGUUUAUCACUACUGAUAGCUGUUAUCACAUUAGCCACACCAGCACAAUCAAGUGAACCACGGGUGGUGUGUUACUACACAAAUUGGUCGGUGUACCGGCCAGGGACCGCCAAAUUCAACCCACAGAACAUCAACCCAUACCUAUGUACGCAUUUAAUAUAUGCCUUCGGAGCAUUCACCAAGGAGAACACGCUGAAACCAUUCGACAAAUACCAGGACAUUGAGAAAGGCGGGUAUGCGAAGUUCGUUGGCCUGAAAACGUACAAUAAGAACCUCAAGACAUUGCUGGCUAUCGGAGGCUGGAAUGAAGGCUCCACGAGAUUCUCGCCCAUGGUCGCGUCGCGGGAGAGAAGGAAAGAGUUCGUCAGGAAUGCUAUUAAGUUCCUCAGGCAGAACCGAUUCGAUGGGCUGGAUCUUGACUGGGAGUACCCCGCGUUCAGGGACGGUGGCAAGCCAAAAGACAGGGAUAACUAUGCCAAACUGGUGAAGGAACUGCGCGAAGAAUUUGAGAAGGAGUCAGAGAAGACGGGGAAACCGAGAUUGCUGCUCACCAUGGCUGUACCAGCCGGCAUUGAGUACAUACAGAAGGGCUUCGAUGUGAAGACUUUGAAUAGAUACCUGGACUGGAUGAAUCUGCUAUCCUACGAUUACCACUCCGCGUUCGAGCCGGCAGUGAACCACCACGCGCCGCUGUUCCCCCUGGAGGAACCAAACGAGUACAGCACCGAUAACGAACUUAACAUUGAUUACACAAUUAAGUUCUACAUUGAAAAUGGUGCGGAUGCUGACAAACUGGUUCUUGGUAUACCAACGUAUGGCCGCUCGUACACGCUAUUCAACCCUGAUGCUGUGGAGAUCGGCUCCCCUGCUGACGGACCUGGUGAACAGGGAGACGCUACCAGGGAGAAAGGAUAUUUAGCUUAUUACGAGAUUUGCGAAGCUUUAAAACCCAAAGAGAAUAAACGCAGCGUUCGCCAAAGUGAUGAUGAUGAUGAUGAUGACGAUGAUGAUGAUUCCGGAGAGUCAUCGGAAGUGGAUGUCCCGUGGACUGUAAUGUACCCCAACCCGAAUGCUAUGGGUCCAGUCGCAUUCAAAGGCAACCAGUGGGUCGGCUACGAUGACGUGGAAAUUGUUAAAAAGAAGGCGGAAUAUGUCGCCGACAACGGUCUAGGAGGUAUCAUGUUCUGGUCCAUUGACAACGAUGACUUCCGCGGUACCUGCCACAACAAGCCCUACCCGCUGAUUGAAGCUGCCAAGGAGGCGUACAUAUCCAAACUCGGUGCCACAGACAACGCUAUAAUAUCGCAGCCCGUGACUAAAGCGAGCACCAACAGACGUAAUAGACCCCGCGUUACCACAACUACCACGACAACCACAGCCAAGCCGUCAGCUGCAGCCAAAACACUGAGCUCCAAACGCAAGAGUGGCUCAUCGUACACCAGCACAACACCAGCGUGGAAUGCAAACACACCUGAACCACCGACCACCCCUGAUCCAGGCGCAGAUUUCAAGUGCAAAGAUGAAGGUUUCUUCCCGCAUCCACGAGACUGCAAAAAGUACUUCUGGUGCCUGGACUCUGGACCAUCCAACCUGGGCAUCGUGGCACAUCAGUUUACCUGUCCUUCUGGACUAUUCUUCAACAAGGCGGCUGAUUCCUGCGACUUCGCUCGCAACGUCCUCUGCAAGAAGCCGAGUGCGACCACGAAAGCUACCACCAAGGCCGCCUCCACCACCAGCAGCACGACCACAACAACAACCAGGAGACCUAUCAAGCUGAGCACUAAGAACUCAGUUCUGUUUAGGACAACAACGACGACCACUACUCCGGAACCAGAGAGCGAAGAAGAAAUUGAAGAGGAAGUACCGGAGGACACCAGUGAUGUUGAUGCUGAGGACCCUAAAGUGAUCAAGGAACUGAUUGAUCUUAUCAAGAAAGUCGGUGGCGUAGAACAGCUGGAGAAACACUUACGACUGUCGGAGACUCUGGUCAGCACCGAUGGACCGUCCACCACACCCACGUCACUAAAUAAAAAGUUAUACAAAGUGCUGGAGAGAACGCGCGGCAAAAACAAAUUUAACCUAAACACUGCAUCUGAGGGUAGCUCCUCUCAGAACAGUCGCAGGGGACCACAGAAUGCGGGACUGGAAUCAUCCGCUGACAAGAGUGCACAGACUAAAAAAGACAGGCCGCAAUACAUCACUAUCAACCGAUCACGAGCAACCACAGCGUCUACAGAAGCAUCUGUGGCUAGUGAAGAAGCGACUGAAAAACCUUUUGUAUCAAAUUUCAAGCAGUCCAGAUCACGUGUUGUAGAAUCUACGGAUAACGGCGGAACGACCUCGAGGACAUUGCAGUAUGUCAACAUACGUAGAGCGCCCUCACCAUCAACAUCUGAUACUGCAGAUGACACUGCUUCCAGAAACGCAUUGUUUGAGCGAGUGGAACCGUACAUAGAAGUAUCUGAGACACCCAGUACUUUGGAUAUAAGAAAUGCUCGCCGAGAGAAUAUGCCCGAAUACGUUACGAUUAGAAGACAAAGACCUACAACGGAGGAAACCACUACUUCACGCUAUCUAAGUUCCGAACGCAAUAAUGAGUCACAAGGCCAAGCGUUGGAAAGAGAAAUAUCUUCACAACCUCAGUAUACUUCCAUUGUCAGAGCUCGUUCUACCACAUUACCUCCUCCUGAUGACUAUAAAAAUCCUGAGCCCACUACAAUCCUCGCUGUUCAGAUAUCAUCUCUAUUAAAUUCACCGAGCCCCACAGAGGCCGAAGUCUUAGAAACUGAAACGGAAGCUCCACCAACUGAAGAGACAGAAGCAACGACCGUGUCGAGUACUACUACUACGACAACGACUCCAAGUACGACAACGACUACAACCACAUCCCUACCUUUAAUUCUUUCUUCGAGCAUCGCGCCACGCCCUCUCCCAAUUCGAAGACGUGGGUCUACGACGAUAACUCCAUUUACAACUAUUCAGAGCUUGAAAGAACGUCGAAAUCAGCUACUCCGGCGGAACAAAGCCACCAGCUCUCCAGACGCCACAGAGUCUAACACGGAUCCCGUUAGCACAGAUGCCACCACAACCAAGUACACGCGAAGAACGAAGUCCAAAUUCAAGUACCAAAGUAGUAGAAAAGAGGAAAAUGCCGACGAGGACCAGAGACAAAUAGAACAGCGGCCAUCUUUGAAUGGCGGCGCGCGGCGCAGUGAGCUACCCAAGCGAAACUACUCGCGCCGGCGGCCUGGUGGGGCGAACGCAUCUGUGGCGACGUCAUCGCAGCGGCCAUUCCGCGUUGGACGCAGGAGACCCGGUACCACCAGUACCACCACCAGCACCAGCACAAGCAGGACGAGCACAAGCACAGCGAGCACGAACACAAGCACGCAGCUCAUAGACCUGGAGCCGGAUGAUGAAGAGGAAGUGUUGCAGGAUGUUGAUGAAAAUGACUACAAUGAUGAGUCUACACAACCAAGAAUUACACAAAAAUCUGCCUCCAAAGUACAGCGACGGCCACUGUUGACCCUUAAGGAAGAAGCAGGCGACCAAAACCCAUCAGCCACAAACGAAGAAGAGAAUAAGAGACAUAGUAAGAAGUACAACAAUAGUUCAAAGAAGAAUCGUUUGGUACAAGCUCUAAAAGAUUUGGAGAACGAUGAAGUAUACGAAACGACUGAGAGAAGAACCACGGUUGACAUUGAAGAUAUCAGCCCAGAAACUGCGGUAGCCAUAGCGGCGCACCAACUUCUUGCCGCACCAAUACCCGUCAUCCCAAACUAUGAUGAAGACACACAACCACACAUAAAGACAUCGCCAAAAACAAUCACAGAAUACGAUUUCACGAGUCCAGAAUACACAGAGACGUACACGGAGAGCAGGAAAACAGUUUAUUCUGAUGAUUACUUGAGCACAACCGUUCUACCGACACGUGACAACGUACACACAUCAACAGGUCCAGAAUACAGUGUUACCGCAAUAGAAUUUGAAGCCCCCAAACUAUCUAGAACCACAAGCUUUGCACCAAUAACCACGUACAGCACAAACGCUUUCACGACAAAACUCCCGCAGCAGCUGAUAAAUUCCGAACCAACUAUUACACAUGUAGGUUUGACAGGCACUCGAUUUCCGCUAGGAAAAACAAAGACCACAAGCGAGUAUACAACCAAGUAUGUUGACACAACCGAAUAUUCUGACCCCACGAUCACACCCAGCACAAACUUCGCAAUACCCAAGUCCACCUUUAGAACUUCGUACGUCAAAAACUCAAGAACUUCAGGUAUCACGCAGCCCACAAGUUCAGACCUGCCUAGCACAUCAGCAGUGCCGAAAUCCUUAAACGGCAAUCAAAGAACUAGACAAUUUUCGAAUCAGGGCGGUACUGGAGAAUCUCUGACAAUCAGUACGCCUACUGCAAGGUAUCUCGGAUCCAAUCCAAAGUUGAUACCUGUACCGGUUGAGGAUUAUGCUUUCUCCACAGAUGGGUAUACAGGUUUGAGUCAAGAGCCAGCGUAUUUCACUAGGGAAUAUUUGUUGGAGUCGCCCGUCACGAAGGCAUAUGACGAUGAAUAUCAAUAUCUAUCGCCAGUGACAACUCAGCAGUCUAUACCGAGAAAACUGCAAAGAAAGAAGAUAUACCGUAAGAUAUCGACGACGCAGCCUCCGACCACAGAAGCUUUCGUGCCCGUAGUAACGACUGCCAAACCACGAAGGGUGCAGUCCACCGCUAAACCAUUCAGCAAGGUCCAAAAGACUGUUCCCAACAGGACAUACAGACCGAUAUUGAAUUAUGACUAUUAUGAUGACAGCGAGGAGAAGGUGGCUGAGAAAUACGUGGAAGGGACCAAGGUCGUUCUGCACGCUAAAGGCACAAUAGAAUGUCUGGACAUCGGCAACUUCCCGCACCCGACUUCCUGCAAGAAGUUCAUAUCAUGCGCACGCAUGGAGAGCGGAUCGCUACUCGGCUGGGAGUACGUCUGUCCCAAAGGUCUCAGCUUCGAUCCCGUCGGUGGCAUUUGCAACUGGUCGGCGGGACUUGGCUGUGCUGAGAAGGAUGCUUGAAGUAGUAUUAUGGGUAACAGAACAUCCUAUAAUAAAUAAAUAUAUUUAAACUAGAAAAUUGACGAUGUAAUACUGAAUUCUGUCACAAACUUCUAACAUUAAUAUUAGAGGAGAUAUAAAACUACCAUAUACAGGAGUAUUAGUGGGAUAUCCAUCUGUCUGUCUGUCCUACGGUAUUGUACAAUAUCCGAACCAUAUCUUUUUGGAACUCUGAUGAAAUGAUAUGAUGAUAGUAUCACUUUAACGGAAUUAGAAACAUGUUAAAAAGCCGUUGUGACAGAAUCUAGCAUUACUGGAAUUUGUGAACUACAUAAAGUGACGAGUUUUUGAAAUAACACGUAUGAAAUAAUAGUCCAUAUCAAGUAUAGAUGCAAAACAUAGUUAUACAAUGAAAAUAUCAAAAUUUAAAGUGGAACUCAAUUGAAAUAGAUACCUAUAUGUACCUAACAUAGAAAUUUUACAAAUUAUAUGUUAGAUGAAAUAAAGAUUCGUAUAGGUAACACAAAUUCGUAACAAGUUAAAAGAAUAUCUAAUUCUAUAUCCAUUUCUGUAAUAGUGGAUGAUACUACUGAGUAUAGUAUACGUAUCAUACAGUUUCUAUACUAUCGUAGACAUAUUUUAGUUAUAUUUCUUUGUAUUAUUGACUGAAAGGAACAUUUAAUUUAUGUAUAUAUUGUAAUUGUAAAGAUGCUAUUACAUUAUCAAAUGUAUAAAAUCAAAAAGUAUUUGUAAAGAUAUUGUCGCAGUUUUAAUUAUUACAAUAUAUUUUAUAACUUAGGUAUACUGUAAAGAGAACAAUAUAAUUUUAAAUGUAGAUAUCAUGCAAUGGAUUUGAUAAUGUAAUAAUCAUCUAAUGAAUUUUACGCUUAUUGAACAUGUCUUCGAAUCAAUCUUCAAUGAGUUUGUAAAAUUCUUGUGUGUAGAAAGAAUUAAUCUAAGUCAAUAUUUUUUUUUUAAUUCUUGAACAACAUGUACGAUCGAAUUAACGCAGUUUUUCAUGUACCUACUACAAAUAAAAAGAAUGUAUGCUUAUUACGAAAACAUUUUAUAAUGAAAUAACCAUAACUAUAUUUUUUACUGAAAUAAUUGUUUUGUUUAUAUGUUAUUUAUUGUCAAACUACUUUUUUAUCAUUGUGCGAAAAGUGAUCACAAAGCAUCUAUUAUUUUUUUAACAGUGUGUAUUUGUCUAUGACAUAUGACACUAGAAGCCACAGUGUAUAAAAAAUAAGUAAUAAAGUAAAGUAUGGAGUGAACGCUACCUAACAAGAGAAAAAAAAGUAAGGUAGAGAAUAAAAAAAAAAAAAAUCAGAGUUAAUGCUAAAAAAUUGUGACAUCAAUUUAUUAGCUGAUUGUAAAUAAACGGUCUACAAGAAAUGCAUUAAUUCUUUACAUGUUGUCUAAUUUGUAAUUUAAGUAAAUAAUCACUGCCAAUUGAAUACUCUUUUGAUCUUUACUUUAAAAACUUCUAUUUUUCUAUCACUUUAAUCAAUAUGAAAUAUACGUCCUUGAAAAAGGAUCACAGUAUAUAUAAUUCAUAUUCCUUCAUAACAAGUUGUCUACCCAUGAAGGUAAAUCAGUCUACAGCCACUAGGCACUUACCUAGCUUUGUAAGACGUGUUUCGGUUUAAAAAGGAGGUGAAAUUACCGGACAAAACAUCUUUGGUCUCUGGAAUGGUAACGCUUGAGCAGUAUUGUGGGCAUCACUUCUUUUUUUUUGGACUACUCUAGUCCUGUUGGCCCCAAAUGGCACUCCAAACCCGCAGAAUGGCGAAGGACUUAUGGAGCGACUGAAGGCCGACUACCGCUUGAUGGAUACGACUUUUGUCGUAAUUUCGAUCCCUGUUUGAAUUGGACGGGGGAUCGAUCGGAGGAGACACGAAAUUCGUAAUGCUGUACAUGUAUAUAGGCGACGGGGACGACUUACUGUCUGGUGAGCUGUUCGUUUUUUUUG